CAGAGCCUCAUGGCUUGCGCCAGGUCUCCGAAAAAUUGCCCGACGAGGGGUCGCGACUGAGUCGGCCACUCUGAAGCCUCCUGCGGUGCCCGCGACAUGGAUUGACCGCGCACCCGCCAAGUUGCGUCCGUACCUCUACUUGACGAGAAUAGACAAACCCAUUGGGACGCUGCUGCUGUUCUAUCCGUGCACAUGGUCGAUAACCAUGGCGUCGUACGCUGCGCAGGCGCCAGUCACCGCGCCGUUGACGUACAUCAGCCUGUUUGGACUCGGGGCCCUCAUCAUGCGGUCCGCAGGGUGCACGAUCAACGACAUGGCGGACAAAGACUUUGACAAGGCCGUCGACAGAACGAAGGACAGGCCGAUCGCUAGGGGCGACCUCACGCGUCGGCAGGCGUUUGGCUUUUUGGGCCUUCAGCUCACGGGUGGUCUCGCAGUCCUGACGCAGCUGAACUGGUACAGCAUAUUACUGGGGGCAUCUUCGCUUCCCAUCGUUUCUCUAUACCCGUUCAUGAAACGCUUUACGUACUGGCCGCAAGCCGUGCUAGGACUGGCCUUCAAUUGGGGCGCGCUACUCGGGUGGUCCGCUGUGGCAGGCACGCUCGACCUGGGUGUCGCGCUCCCGCUCUAUGCGGGCGGCUUCUGCUGGACGAUUGUUUACGACACGAUCUACGCACACCAAGACAAGGCCGACGACGUCAAGGUCGGCGUGCGCUCGACUGCGCUGCUCUUUGGUGAGCACACGCGGACGGUGCUCUCCGCGUUUUCGGCAUCGUCUGUGUCGCUUAUCACGCUCGCGGGAUAUAUGAACGCGCAGAGCCUGCCGUUCUAUGCCGGCGUCGGCGUGGCAGCCGCGCAGCUGGCAAGGAUCGUCUACAAAACCGAUUUCAACAGCCGACCGAGCUGCUGGAAGGGCUUUGUUGGCUGCGGUAUUGCUGGCGCCUGGAUAUGGGCUGGCGCAUUGGCAGACUACGGAUUGAUGAUCUCGGGUGUUCAGGCUACAUUGUGGUAAUGUAGUGUCUCUAUUCUUUGUUGUCUGCCUUACCUGUCUUAUGUGUACGCCUCAUUUGUCUGAUCACGACGAUCACGACGAUCACUAUACGCGUACUAGCCCACGCUGUUUGAGAUCGACAAAGCUCUCACAUGGGGAUCGCUAAAUUAAUCUGCAAAGCUUGGCAAAGUAUCUUUGAUACCUUGUAUUCUAUUUGCAGGGGACGCGAACAUCGGAAGCCUAAGGCUUCAUUUUCAUCGACGGAUAACUGCGCGCUGCGCGCACAGUCGUGUGGGGUCUGCGGUUCUGGAUCAAAAGCGCCAAAUGUCUCGUUUCAGCCACAUUGAGGCGCACCUUUUUGCGCGACGCGCAGGUGAGUGUGCUAAACUCGCGCUCGCGCCUCCCGGCUGCCCCGGCAGGCAGAUUUAGGGACUCGGUCCCGCCGGCCGACAAACGCCGCUAGUAAGCUGCUGUAGUAUCCAUGAGUCAAGACCCAGGGCGUUACAGACUGAUGUCCGCCGAUGUCCGUUCAAC